CGGGGAUGCGCUGUCGGAGCAGGGAUCGGAGGUGUCUCCAAGAAGGGGUCCGGGCCGCGCGGUGCUGGGUCACGCGUGACUGCUGUCCCCGCAAACCCCAGCGGGGGUAGGGCAGAGCUGGCCUCAAUCGGGAGUCCAGGGGUGGGAAGGAGGCAGCGGCCUGUGUCCACGUUGGGCAAGCGUCCUUUGCGUAGGGGGAUCCAGGCUUUCUCUGGGAUGUCAGAACCCGAGAGAGCGCGUCCUGCUGGGCUCGGAGCGGAGAAGUGUCUCCUGUGACAGACAUGGAGGGAAGGUUAACCUCCUCGUGGUCACGGUGGGAGAAGGCCACGCCCAGCGUGGGCAGGGGAUGUGGGUUUUAAAAUGUCCGUUGCUUUUGCCGGGCUGUAUGGCGUGUCCCCUGGGACCCUGGGUACUAGAGUUAGCACCCUAAAAUUGACCAGAAGGGAAAAUACCCCAGCACCCACAAAGUCCGUGUCCAGCAGUGGAUACCAAGAUGCUCCGCUCUUCGGAGCCUUGGAACCCUCCCGGAGACCCUAACCCCGUCUUGCCUUGGGCAUCCCCCUCUCCAGCACGUGGUUGGCCCUGUGAGUCUCCAGCGCAGUUUAUCUUGGAAAAGUGGACUUGUUAAAGUACAAGCUGAUCUGUCCACUUCAGAAGUUCCGUCUGUUCAUUGUGACUCUGCAUUACAGUGGGCUGAUGUGCUGACACCCAUUUGGGAUGCUACACUUGGCAGUGUUGGUGACAGAAUAGGCCAAGGUCCAGGGCCCAGCAGAGCACCUGCCCUGUCAGAGCUGACCCUCCCUUCAAACCUGAUUCGGUGCCGGUGAGGGAAGUAGCAGCCUUGGUCGCACACCCAGGCAUGCAUCAUGCCAAUAGUCGAUAAGCUGAAGGAGGCCCUAAAGCCUGGCCGCAAAGACUUGGCCGAGGAUGGGGACCUGGGCAAGCUGCUGGCCACCUCCGCCAAGAAGGUCCUUCUUCAGAGGAUUGAGUUUGAGCCGGCCAGCAAGAGCUUCUCCUACCAGCUGGAAUCCUUGAAGAGCAAAUAUGUGCUGCUGAACCCCAGGACGGACGGGGCCGCUCGUCCCAAGAGUGGGGAUGAGCCCCAGGCCAGGAAACAGGGCAGCGAGCGUGCAUCUGGGGGUGGAGGAGAUGGAGUCCCAGCUCCACAGAAAGUGCUCUUCCCCAUCGAGCGACUGUCCCUGAGGUGGGAGCGCGUUUUCCGUGUGGGCGCAGGGCUGCACAACCUGGGCAACACCUGCUUCCUGAAUUCCACCAUCCAGUGCUUGACCUACACGCCGCCCCUGGCCAACUACCUGCUCUCCAAAGAGCAUGCGCGGAGCUGUCACCAAGGAAGCUUUUGCAUGCUGUGCGUCAUGCAGAACCACAUUGUCCAGGCCUUUGCCAACAGCGGCAAUGCUAUCAAGCCUGUCUCCUUCAUCCGAGAUCUGAAAAGGAUCGCCCGGCACUUCCGUUUUGGGAACCAAGAGGAUGCACACGAGUUUCUGCGGUACACCAUCGACGCCAUGCAGAAGGCCUGCUUGAAUGGCUACGCCAAGUUGGAUCGGCAGACGCAGGCUACUACCCUGGUGCAUCAGAUUUUCGGAGGCUAUCUCCGAUCGAGAGUGAAGUGCUCUGUGUGCAAAAGUGUCUCGGACACCUAUGACCCCUACCUGGACAUAGCGCUGGAGAUUCGGCAAGCUGCAAAUAUUGUGCGUGCUCUGGAACUUUUUGUGAAGCCAGACGUCCUGAGUGGAGAAAAUGCCUAUAUGUGUGCUAAAUGCAAGAAGAAGGUUCCAGCCAGCAAGCGCUUCACCAUCCACAGAACAUCCAAUGUCCUGACACUGUCCCUCAAGCGCUUCGCCAACUUCAGCGGGGGGAAGAUCAUGAAGGAUGUGGGCUAUCCAGAGUUCCUGAACAUCCGGCCAUAUAUGUCCCAGAGUAACGGUGACCCUGUCAUGUACGGGCUCUAUGCUGUCCUGGUCCACUCAGGGUACAGCUGCCACGCUGGGCACUAUUACUGCUAUGUGAAGGCAAGCAAUGGACAGUGGUACCAGAUGAACGACUCCUUGGUCCAUUCCAGCAACGUCAAGGUGGUUCUGAACCAGCAGGCCUAUGUGCUCUUCUACCUGCGAAUUCCAGGCUCUAAGAAGAGUCCUGAGGGUACCAUCUCCAGGACAGGCUCCACCCUUCCCAGCCUCCCAGGUGUCAUUCCAGAUCACGCCAAGAAGAGCACUGGCAAUGGGGUCACUUCCUCCCCACUGACUGCAAAGCGGCCAGAUUCUGUGCUGAUGAGAAAGCUGCAUUCUCCUGAGGAGGUUGGUGUGCCCACGUCCAGGAACAGCUCCACGCUAGGCUUGAAGUCACAGAACGGAUAUGUUCCUUCCAAACCAUCCUUGGGGUCCCCUUCCCCCAGACUUGCCCUGACACCCACGCAUAUGCCAGCACUCCUGGACGAGCCAGGAAGGAAGGUGAAGAAGCCGGCGGCCCCACAGCCCUCCUCCCCAGCCCUCCGGACUCCUCAGGGCUCACCUGGUGCCAGUGAAUCUGGGAGCCGGCGGCAGGGCUCCUGGGACAGCAAGGACACUGUCCUCUCUACCUCACCGAAGCCAACAGCCCAGGCCACUGCCAAUGGGCAAGGGCCAAAGGGGGAAGACGAAAGCGUGGACCCAGAGAAGGGGGCUUCCAGCAGCUCCAGCCCAGAGCACUCUGCCAGCAGCGGCCCGCAGGCCUCCCAGAGUGGAGCCGUCAGUUACCGCGAUUCUCAGGGAACAGACUGUCCCGCCGCUGGCCACACCAAAGCGCUGCCAAGGGGCACAGAGUCUAAGAUGAUGAAGCUGAAGUCCCCUGCCCUGGGCAGCAGCACCACCGCCACCACCGAGCCUGCAAGCUUCCUGUCUCCUCCGCCAGCCAAGAAGCUGGCUCUCUCUGCCAAGAAGGCCAGCACCCUGCGGAGGGCGACCAGCAAUGACCUCCGUUCACCUCCCCCUUCACCAUUCUCCGACCUCACCUACCCCAUGAAAACCACUCACCCCGUCGUUGCCUCCACUUGGCCUGUCAGUAAAACCAGGGCCGUGUCACCUGCUCCCCACUCAUCUCACCUUCUGAAGCUUCCCGUCAUCCCCCCUUCCACAGUAUUGUCCAGUAGAAGCUCCCAGCCCCAAGGGAUAUCAGAGCCACAGGUCUGCUCCCCUGCCUGGACUGCCCUGCCUCAGGUCACCGGGGACUUAAUGUCCCUUUCACACCAGCUGCUGGAGGACAGCAAGGACCCUCAGAGCCCCUCCAGGAAGAGGAAGAAGACUUUCAUGGGAGAGUCGCGGAGUCUGGGCUCAGAGGCACGCCUUCCACAGUGCCUUGGGGGGGCAGCAGAAGCACCUCGCAAGAAGAGGAAAAGGAAGAAAAGGAAGUGCCUGGAGGAUGUGGCUGGGGCCACUGUACAGGAGGUCCAGACACAGGGGCAGCCUUGGAGCCCCAAGAGCAGGACAAAGGGCCAGGCAGAGCUGCCAGCCUACCCAGGGAAGGAAGAGGGCACCCAGCUGCAAGUAAAUGGCCGUCCAGUGGGUCAUGUCCUGGAUGGCCACCUUGUGAGUGGCAGGAAGAGGAGGAGGACGGGAGUGGAAGGACUCACAAAAGAAGUUGGUCCCCCUCAGGACCCACCUCGGCACAGCAGCUGCUCCCCAGCAGACCACAGUGAGCACGAGAUCAGAGCAGAGUCUGUGAAGAAAAAGAAAAGGAGGAAAAGAAAACACGAUGUACGGCAGGAGGAAGAAGAAAAUGAACGUCCGGAAGGCCAGAGGAGCCCUAGGCCCAGUGUUGCUGUAGUCCCUGAGUUGAGCCUCAGUGGUCAGCUUCCUGGGGACCACCUAGGGCUGGGACAGGCUCCUCUCGUACCCUGGAACAGAGAACGAGAAUCCGAUGUGGUCCAGGAAUUGCUCAAAUACUCAUCCGAUAAGGCUUAUGGAAGAAAGGUUUUGACCUGGGACGGUGAGCUGUCCGCGGUCAGUCGGGAUGCAAUUGAAGACAGCAGAUUGGCCCGGACCCAGACUGUGAUUGACGAAUGGGAUGAAGAGUUUGAUCGAGGGAAGGAAAAGAAAGUGAAAAAACUCAAGCGAGAGAAGAAGAGAAACUUCAAUGCCUUCCAGAAGCUUCAGAGUAGAUGGAACUUUUGGUCUGUGACUCAUCCAGCUAAGGCCACCAGCCUCAGCUAUCGCCGCUGAGCUUGCUGCUGUCGAAAUGGAUCCCACAAGAUGCCAUGCACUGGUAUCCUACGUGGGACUCAUCUGAGGGUGGCUGUGAGAAUGUCAGGGUCUCUUCUCAUCAGGAGGACCAAUGUGCCUGUCUCCCAGCCUCCUGGAGCCGUCACGUCCUGGCAACUGUUGUCUGGAUCUGAGGACUGGUCUGUGCUGCCUUGUCACCUCUGGUCGCCACACUGUGAGCCUGCCAUGGUGGGGGUUCCCAGUCCCCAGGUGACCCAACAAGGCCUUGGGGUUUCUGCAGCAAGGCUCUCUGGUGACAUUCACAACCAACCCCAGGAGAAACUCUGGAACAUGGUGUUGAACAGCUAGCCGCAGCCUGCAGGACAUCUGGAAGGAGCGAGCCUCCUCAUCACGGUCAUGAGUGGUGGAUGGGUGGGCAGAGCUGCCUGCCCUGGUCUGGCGCUGUCAGAGAGCAGGGGAUGGGGCCAGCAGCUCUAAGUGAGUCCUACACUCAGGUGACGUGCAUGUGGUUGGUGGCUCUUCCUCGCGAGCCAUCCUGCGCUCCCUGGGGCUGACGCUGUCUUGUCCUGCGCCCUGCCCUUCCCAUGCCUUCCCCUUGGUGGGGCCUGUGUCAUCAAAAAAAGGAAGGGCCCCGUCCUGCCUGUGCUGCCACCUCAUCCGGUGCAUCUCCUCCAGAGAGCUCCAGGUGUCCAGAGAGCAAAGGCUGCUUGGGGUGGGGAGCCCUUGCAAUCGCGUGCCAGUGCCCCGCCAUGGUGGCUGCUAGCUAUCCCGUGACUUUGCCGUAGCUUCCGUCAUAGCUGCAAUAACCCACGGGUCUGUGGAGGUUAUCUUGGGGUGAUUCUCCGUUAUUUUAUUACUUAAUAUGAGUCAUUUAUUUUUGCCCAGGCCUGUGGCUUCCAGUAGCAAUAUGCUUCCCUAAUAUGCAAAGACUGGCUUUGUUUGCUCAAUUCUGUGAGUGCUUUUGAAUGGAGAUGAUUGUAUGACUCAAGAAGAGUCCUUUUUUAUCUUGCUCAUGCUGUGCCUGCAGACUUAGACUUUAUUACACACGACUCCUUGGUGACUGUGGUAUUUCCAAGGGGAGACUGGGCCCUCCUCGUAGUAGAAGGCAUAGAAGUCCAGCAAAGGUCUUCCUCACGGGGCGCACCUCCUGUCUUCCCUGGUGCCCUGGGGCUCUCCCAGCCUCGGCCUCCCUGGGGUCUCACUCCUGCCCUCUCGGUACCCUCUUCCUUGUUGCUCUGCUGCCCUGCUCAGGCCUCCCUUGGUACUGGUGUGGGAAGAGGAGCCUCUGUCUUUGUAUGGGGCGGUGCAUUUAGUUUCUCUUGUGGGAGGUGGUUUUCGGUUCUCCUUCCUGUUUUUAUGUUUCCCUUUUUAAAAAAGGUGGAAAGGAAUAGUGAUACCACUGGCCUGGUGUAUUAGCUGCUCCUCGCAGCAGAGCAUGAGUGGGGACUUCAUACGGACUGGUUUCUGAGUGGCCUGGUGUGCUGUGCAGAAGCUUGGCGACCCCAUCCUGGGAGGGAAGCAGGCACCUUCCUGGGCAGGGUUUUUCUUUUCCUUUUGAGGUAUUGACAGUUGUUCUUGUUUCCUGGCCAUGCUUUUUCAGGUGUCUGUCAUUGAAAUGUCAGUUGUCUGCUAGCACAAAAUUGACCUUCCUUUCUCUCCCUUUUUGCUCCAAACCGGCCUCUUCCUGUCUCCACUAGUUACACAAUGAAAACCUUUUCCGGGGAGAAUGCAUUCUUUUUCUCUUGGGUGGUGGUCAGCCCUGGCCUGACUUCCAACCGCCUUCACUGCUAUUGGGUAGAGGCAGGUCCUUUCCUUCUGCAGAAAACCAUCGGCCAAACCAGGCAUUGGACAGAGUAAGGCCCAGAAAAUUGCCUGACUUCCAGGUGACAUGUACAUAUAUAAAUACAUAUAUACAUAAGUAACUGAAGCUUCUCUAAUAUCAGUCAUCUUGCUGGUCAGAACCUGGUUUUAACUUGGCACUUGACAGUGGAGGUGAUCUGGGCCCAUGUGUAGUGGGCUGCCUCCCUUAGUGUUCUGUGUCAUCUCGCUCACCCGCUGUUGUUAGCAGCUGCUCUCACGCCAUGUCUGGUUGGGUGGCCACACCUGUGUGUGUGCAGGGGUCCCGGGCCUCUGCACUUUCUCUUCAGGGGCCCAGGGAGCCCCAGGUGUUGCCAAGAUUUUGGUGCAAUAAAAUGUUCUUGGGUGUCCUUUCUGUGUCUUUGUCUUUUUCCUUUGAUUUUUGCAAAGGUGCAUUCCAGCAAAUUCCCAGUCUGUUUCCCCAGGUCAGUGGAAGGUUACCUGUGUUGGCUCUCAGAUCACCAGCCACACUAGGAGAUAAGCACCUGUGGUCCCAGCUACACCGGAGGCAGAGGCAGAAGGAUCGCCUGAAUCCUGGAGUUCUGUGCCAACCUGGCCAACACAGAGAGAUACCUUUUCAAAAAUAAUAAUAAUAAUAAUAAAGGGAUUUAAAUUUAUUUAAUAAAUAUACUUAUUUAAAUUUG